AUGGCUUCAAUUGGUGUAUCAUCGGUAGUACCACUGAGAUAUCCAACUGAAUCUUCACAGUUACUACCGAAACAGAAUAAACAACAACAUAAUAUUUCACCAAGACUCCGCAAUUCAUAUUAUUCAUCUUCAGCCACUCCUUCCCCUAGACUUAACCACAACAACCCAAGCAAUAAUAAACUGGCCAAUGAAAAAUCUAUUAAGAAAGAACAUGACAAAGGUAAGUUAGGUACCUUUGAAGGUGUAUUCCUUCCAACCUCAUUGAAUGUCUUAUCGAUCUUGAUGUUCUUAAGAUUUGGCUUCAUUAUUGGACAAAUGGGUAUAUUAGGAACGAUGUUCUUGUUAGUGUUAUCCUAUACCAUAGAUAUAUUAACAACAAUGUCUAUUAGUGCUAUUUCAACUAAUGGUACCGUCAAAGGCGGUGGCGCUUAUUAUAUGAUAUCACGAUCUUUAGGUCCUGAAUUUGGUGGGUCAAUUGGAAUCAUUUUUGUUGUUGGACAAAUCCUUAAUUCAUCUUUAAACGUGGUAGGGUUUAUUGAACCUUUUUUGGUCAAUUUUGGUAAAGAAAACGGGGAUAUGAUAAAAUUACUUCCAGUGAGUUAUAUGUGGCUGGUAUUAUAUUCAACAAUUUUAUUGGCAAUUUGUACAUGUGUUGCCAUGGUUGGAUCCCUGCUUGUUUCCAAAACCGCUUUGUUGUUAUUCAUUCUAUUGACAAUCAGUACAUUAUCAAUCCCAAUAUCUACAUUUUUUGUCAAACCUUAUUAUCCAUUACCUCCACCUUUUGAUUCAUUAUUAUAUACUGGAUUAUCAUGGAAAACUUUUUAUGCAAACCUUUAUCCAAAAUUCACCAGUGGUGCUGCUGGUUCGGUAUUACCCCCUGGUGUCCCCGAAACAUUUAGAGACUUAUUUGGAAUUUUCUUCCCUGCAACUGCUGGUAUCCUUGCUGGUGCUUCCAUGUCGGGUGAAUUGAAAACUCCAUCCAAAUCUAUUCCAGAAGGAACUCUCAAAGGAUUAUUAGUAUCAUUCUUCCUAUACACAUCAGUCAUUGUCUCUUUGGGUUCAGCAGUCCCUCGUGAUUUAUUGCAUGUUGAUAUCAAGAUUAUGCAAACAGUUAAUUUGCUGAGUAUAAUUAUUAUAGUAGGAGAAUUUUCAACCUCGUUAUUUUCAGUGAUUAUGGGAAUAGUAGGUGCAUCUUCUAUGAUUAAUGCAAUUGCCGACGACAGAAUCAUCCCGGGAUUAUCUAUCUUCACUACUGCAAAAAAGACAAUCAAACAACAGAAUAAAGCAAAAAUUUAUAGUAUCAUCGCUACUUGGUUCAUGGCCCAACUUUUCUUGUUUGCAGACAUUAAUCAAAUCGCAACUUUCAUAACCAUGGCAUUCUUAAUGACUUUCAUAGUGACAAAUAUUGCUUGUUUCUUAUUGCGAGUAGGAUCAGCCCCAAAUUUCCGACCUUCAUUCCGAUACUUCAGUACAAGAACUGCAUUCACAGGCGCAUUAGUAUGUUUCAUUGCCAUGUUUAUUGUCGAUGGUCUUUCGGCUACAUUGGUGAUUUUUUGUUUGACUUUUUUAAUUCUCAUGAUCCAUUAUCUGACUCCACCGCUGAAAUUUGGAGAUAUUUCUCAAUUAUUAAUCUAUCACCAAGUUCGAAAAUACCUAUUACGUCUAAAAUUAGAAAUGAGUGUUAAAUACUGGAGACCCCAAAUCUUGUUAUUAUGUGACAAUCCUAGAACAUCGUGGAAUUUAAUCGGGUUCUGUAAUCAUCUUAAAAAAGGUGGGCUUUACAUCCUAGGUCACGUCGUGUUAAUGAACGAUGAUACAAGCACUCCAUCAAAUGCCGAAAAGAAUGCCACCGUUUUCUCAGUAAAUACAUACAAGGAAGUCCGGAAACAAAAGCAAGCGUGGGUUAAGUUACGUGACAUGUCGAAAGUUAAAGCGUUCGUGCAAAUUGCUUUAGGACCAACAUUACCAUGGGGUGUGAGGAAUGUUUAUCUUGGAUCGGGACUUGGAGGUAUGAAACCAAAUAUUACCGUCUUGGGCUUUUAUGAUUUUAUUAAACAUGGUAUUGAAAUGCCAAUAAUCCCACCAUUCAUGCAGCAGCAACAACAACAACAACAAAAGGAUAAUGAUGGCGGGUUUGGACAAUUACCAACGGAUACCUGUCGAAAGGAAAGAAAGGUGAGUAUAAAUCAAUGGGUUCAGAUUGUCGAGGAUUUAGUGGUUUUACAAGCGACUGUCGCUGUGGCGGCAAAUUUCUCCAAAUUGAAAUUACCAAAACGAGAGAAUGACAAUACUUCGAUAUUUAGCUUUUUGAAAAAGCAAGAAGUAUCAGAAGGGGUGAAGAAGAAAUAUAUUGAUUUAUAUCCUAUUCAAAUGUCAUCGAUAAAUCAAUUGGAUAAUGGUCAAUCUGUCCUUUCAACAAACUUCGAUACCUAUACGUUAAUCCUCCAAUUAGGUUGGAUUUUAUCCACUGUACAAGAAUGGAAAUUUACGAAUCAUAAAUUGAGAGUUAUUGUUUUUGUCGAGAAUGAACAAGAAGUAGAUGAUGAACGUACAAGAUUGAAUAAAUUGUUAUCCAGUCUUAGAAUUGAGGCCGAGCUCAAGAUUGUGUGUCUAUCAGAUGGCCAGCUAGAUUCUUAUAAUUAUAUGGUUAAGGGAUAUACCAAAACCCAACUGAAUCGCGCUCAGUAUGACAAGAUAGAUAAUGUCUUACAUGAAGAUCAAUGGUGGAGAAAUUUAUCCAAAGCCAGAGAAACCCUCAAAGAGAUCGAGAAGAAAAAGCUUCUUAAAAAGAAACAACAAAAGCUGCAACUUAUAUCUCGAAGUAGUUCAAAAUCAUCAAUAGCACCUGAAGCUUACUUUCCGUUAAAGCUAAAUGUCUCAGCAAUGAGUCCCCCAUCCCAAACAAGAUUUGACUCGUUUAAAAAGAAUAGAAGAGAGACUUUAUCUAACUUGCAUGAACAAGGGAUGUCACUUUCAUUUAAUUUGAAAUCACAGGCAGCGAACCAGUUUUUGAAUUAUGAGGACCCGUUAAGUGGAGAGACCAGUGACGAAGAGGAGACAGCAUCUAAUAGUAUGAACAGCAGUGCUAUUAAUUUGAAUACGAUUAGUGGAGAUAGAUUGCCUCCGAAAGUAUCCGAUCAACAAGGACUACAAUUACCUCCAUUGCAUUUCAAACCAACAUUAUUGGAUAGGCCUAUGAGGUCAGGGGCAGGUACUCCAGGAGGUAUGAGUUCACGUUCAUCUAUGACUAAUCUAAGACCAAAUUUCCUGUCUGUUAAGAUUCCCCAACCUAAGAUUAACGACGACGAUGAUGACGAUGAAGAUGCUGGUGAUGGAGAUGGUGACGGUGAAGAGGGAGAAAGAGUCAAGCAUUCUAUUCAGUUUAUGAAUGAAGAAGAGGAUGAUGAGCACGAAGAUGAAGACGCAGAAGAGCGAGGGCGUGAGGAAGAAAAUCCUGACGAAGACGCAUUGUAUAUUCCAUCAAGAAGGUCCCGAGAGAGACCAAUACCAGAGAGAAGAGGUAAACGACAAGUUUCAAAAAAUCGAGGCUCAACUCUAAAAUCGCACACAAUUAUUGCAAAUGAUGAUGAGAUUAUUCAGCAGAUUCGUACACCGCAGUUUUUGGCAGCGGCUGAUGACGAGGAAGAUGAUGAUGAUAUUCCAGACUUGCCUUAUAAAGACCGAAGUCAUAUUUCUCCGGGCCCUGCGGGGCCAAGUAAUCUUCGAGAUCAAUUUUAUAAAAGUCGGAUGAAACAACCGCCUCCUGUUGCUCCUGUUCCAAAGUCGCCCAAAAUCGAGGGUAUGAUAACGAGAAGAGAACUUCAACAGGAAUUAAACCUGUUAAGUUUUGACGAUAUCCCUGCAAAGGGACAGCAUUUAGUUUUGAAUGAAUUGAUGAAACGGUAUUCUCCCGUUACUGAGACUGAUGUGAUUUUUUCGACUUUGCCUGCACCUCCUAUUGGUACACACCUUGAUGAUACUGAAAGUUUUGAUUAUACGAACAGUUUGGCAGUUUGGUUGGAUGAUUUGCCGCCGGUUUUGUUGGUGAAUUCGCAGACCGUAACUGUUACUACUGCAUUAUAG